AUGACUUCCUCGGACGCAAAGGAAAUUGCCAAGAAAGAAUUUGAAGAUGUUUUCAAGACUCUUGCUGAAGAAUUUGUGAAUUCAAUUAAAACACGUCACUUUCCUCAUGAAUCCAUCGAAUGGAUUAGAAAAAAUAUAUAUCAUAAUGUUCCUGGUGGAAAAAUGAAUCGAGGUUUGUCUGUGAUCGAUACGCUCAAGAUUUUAAAGGAGGGAAAGGUUACAGAGGAAGAAAUUUUCAAAGCGAGAGUCCUCGGUUGGUGUGUUGAAUGGUUACAAGCUUUUUUCCUUGUCGCAGAUGAUAUCAUGGAUUCUUCAAUUACUCGUCGUGGGAACCCAUGUUGGUAUAAAAUGGAAGGAGUAGGAGCUAUUGCUAUUAAUGACAGCUUUAUCUUGGAGUCUGGAAUCUAUUUCUUUUUAAAGAAGUAUUUUCGUCAAGAUCACUACUAUAUCGAUCUGGUAGACUUAUUUCACGAGAUCACCCUGGAAACUGAGUUAGGACAACUGCUAGAUUUGAUUACAGCACCUGAGGAUAAAGUCGAUUUGAAUAGGUUCUCCAUGGAAAAGUAUAAGACCAUUGUACUAUAUAAAACAGCUUUUUAUUCAUUUUACCUACCGGUGGCACUGGCAAUGCAUAUGGCAGGAAUCAAGGAUGUUGCUGCAUUCCAACAAGCAAAAGAUAUCUUGUUGCCACUAGGAGAAUAUUUUCAAAUUCAGGAUGACUAUCUUGAUUGUUUUGGCCUUCCAGAGGUAAUUGGAAAAAUCGGAACGGACAUUGAGGAUAACAAAUGUUCUUGGUGUGUCAACAAGGCAAUGACAUUAGCGACUUCAGAGCAGAGAAAAAUUUUGGACGAAAAUUAUGGAAAGAAAAAUUCAGAGAAUGUAGCCGCAGUCAAAGAAAUUUACAGGCAACUUAACAUAGAAGGAAAGUACAAAGAGUAUGAAGAAGAAUCGUUUGUACGCAUAAAUGGGUUAAUCGAUAAACUGGAUGAAUCCAUUUUGAAGAAAGAAUUUAUUUGA